CUGGAAUCUCAGGGUCCAUUCCAGAAGGCACAGAUCAGCUAGGGAUCCGUGCGUGGGUCACCCCUGGGCGUUUUGCACCUGCCUCAUGUGGCCCUUGACACGCUGCCGAAUGCCAGCCAGCCAGCAUCGUGACCGAUUACCGUCGGGCCCAGAGAGCUUCACCCGGAGCUGCUUCAGCCCUCAAGGCGCGCCCAUCCUCAACCUGCACCCGCGCCCGCGCCCCUCCCCCCCAGCCAGAACCGCCGCGAUGCCUCCCAGAAUAAACAUACCCCCAGUCACGCGCAUCCUGCUCAUCACCCUCGGUCUGCAGAGCAUCCUGAGUGCCGCCAUCCGUUACAAGCAGUGGACUGCCAACUCGGAGAUCGUCAUCCCCUACCUCAACCUCAUCCCACAGCUGUCUCUGAUAUACCCCUGGACCUUCCUGACAACCACCCUCGUCGAGAGCAAUGUCUUUACCCUGGCCAUAGCCGCCGUCACCCUCUACCACGGGGGGCGGUACCUCGAAAGGGCCUGGUCGUCCAAGGAGUUUGCCAAAUUCCUCCUCGUCACCGCACUGAUACCCAAUACCUUGUGUUUUGGUGUCAUGGUGACCAUGUUCACCGUCACUCGUAACGAGAGCUGGACGCUGACCACAAUCGCCGGCACCAUCCCUCUCCAGAUCAGCUUCCUCGUCGCCUUCAGCCAGCUCGUCCCCGCGCACACCGUCACUCUCUUCAGGGGCAUUCUCUCCCUUCGUGUGCCCCGCUUCCCCCUCGUCUACCUCGGCCUGGUCCUGCUCCUUAGCCUGACGCCCCUCCUGACCGUCGCCUCCUUCCUCCUCGCCGUCUUCGGUCUCCUCACGAGCUGGACCUACCUGCGCUUCUACAAGACCGUCUUCCCCGACCUCGACUCGUCGCAGACACCGUACUCGCUCCGCGGCGACGCCUCCGAGACCUUCGCCUUCGCCGAGUUCUUCCCCGCGCCAGCGAAGCCCCUUGUCGCCGCCCUGGGUGACCAGGUGUUCAACGUCCUCGUGGCACUGCGCCUGUGCACCCCAUUCUCGCAGGCAGAGGUCUCAGCCGCUGGUGGCUCCUCCGGGGGAUACCACGGAUACAAUCACCGCAACGCGGCACCGGGAAGCGCGAGGGCCGAGGCCGAGAGACGGAGGGCACUGGCACUCAGGGCGUUGGACCAAAAACUACACGCCGCCACCGCCGGGCGGGGAGGCGCUGCAGGUUCUCCGUCCGCCGGCGCUUCUGCUGGAGGAGCCUCGGGCGCGGGCGGGCGGUCUGCAUCCCCUGCGCCGCCUCCCCCUGCUGUCACUGCAGAUCCUCCGCCUACGACAGGCCCCACAGUAGUACAGCAGCCAGUGUCCAACAACCAGACGGCCAUGACAUCAAGGCCGAGCGACGGCAUGCUGGGAGAGACGGCCUACACGCCAGACCACGAUGAUGGGGACAAGAACGAGGCAUAGUUCAAGCUGGGUCCGGGGGACCCAUACCGUUUCAAACUCGACAUCAAAAGCACUCACAGAUACCCGAUUUAGAGCCGAGGUCAGACAGCAGGAUCUAGGCGCCUGUUAAGGUUGCGCACCCGACGGUACUUACUGUAAAAUAAUCGAACAAUGGUCUCAGAAUAACGGAGGAUGGAGGUUGGCUUUCAAGGCGGACAACAGUAGCGGCCGCGCCUUGUGUAUAGUAACAGCCUAAACUAAGCACCCAUGACUUCAGCGGUCUGUUAAUUGUUUUUGGCUGUGGCAAGGCAGGAAAUAGGUGCACCGGGCCAGGCAGCCAGGCAGGUUAUCAUGGUUAGCUUUCGCUCGAGAUUUUUGUGCUUGAAAUAUCUCUCGGAAUCUUAGCAACAGUUUCUUCAGAAAGCAUUGACUCGGCGUGUUUGUCAGCCGUGGCAUA